AAUGAAUAUCUCGACUCAGCACAGAAAUCGAAUUUUUUUACACAUUUAACAUCAACUUUUAAAUGCUCUGCUUUCCAAAUACCGAUUUGGUUAUCGCUUGGAAAGAAAACAGAAAUGUCUUUAUCAUCGAAGAAUGAUUUUUUAUUUUAGUACAUAUAUCCUAUUCCCAAUUGCUUUUGUGAGAGUUUUAGCCUACACAGAUGACUUGAUCGAUAUUACAUUUGGUCAGCGAGAUUCUGCCUUCCUAAUCAGAGACAAUCAAAGCCUCAAAUAUGAUUCGUCAAUACGUUUUGCAUCAGCAAGCAACUUGGAUCGUUAUGAGAUCGAUGCAUCGCUAGGAUUUUUGCACAGUUCUUUAACUGUCUUAGGUGAUAAGCUGAUCAAAAAUUCAAAAUUUCAUGUGACUGUACAUAGUUUUGAUACGGAGAUAAGCGAAGAAACAAAAACGUUGCAUUUUCUGUGUCAUGCGAGCUACUAUGGUAAAUUCAGUGAAUUAGGAUUCGAAUCGGGCAAUAUGUGUUGCAUUAUAUCAAUAAAUGUUUCGUACUUUAAGGAGCUGACAUCUUGUGUUUUAGUUAUCGACCACCUUAGUGAAAACUGGAUAUGCCAUGCAUCAAUUCAACUUCCACAAGCUCUUUGGAAGCAGAAUCAGUCGCCAGAAGUUACUCUUGCAUAUACGUCAUCGGAUUUUAUUUCAAAUUCGUACAACAAACAACAACAUGAUAAUCAUGAUAAUUUUAAGUUCUGUCACUUGUCACUGAAUCAUGCCAAGCUAUCAUUUGUUUCUAUUCCGUCAGUUAGUAUUGCACAUACGGUCCCAGAUGCUAUUCGUGAAUUAGGAAGAAGUUUAUUGUUACAGAUUCCGAGGAGGGAAUUAAAAACAAAUGAGGAAUUUUUGGUAACAGUUCGUCUGAAACGUUUUGACGAUGUGUCGGAUUUUACUUUGAGGUAUGUAAAGUUCAGAAAGCCUGUUUUUGACGUUUCUGUUAGUUUUAGUAGGCAUGUAUACGCAAUAACUUACUACACAUAAUUAUUUACAAAGAAAAAUCUUGGCUAAACACUGAUUUGGAAACACAGUGAAUGCUACCAGAUAUAGCUCUUCAGCACACAGGUUUAUGUCGUGAAGUUUUGAAAAUAUUCUCUUUUCUUCUAAUGCGGAUUAUUCGAUCCGACCAAAUUAUAAAUAGAACAAUUAUUUAUAGAUAUGAAAACACCACAGCUACUUUGUUUUUUAAAGUUAUGUAACGGUUGUGAUUAAGAAAAGAACUUGAUUCCCGGUAUAAAACCAUAACACUGUAAAUGUUUGGCAAAAAACUUUGAACACUUUGAACUUAAAGAGUUAUUACCCCAUCGUGCCUUAUUCUACUUUCAAAUAAACAUGGACUGAAAAUGAAGUGUCUAUAUUGGUUUUAAGAAUAACUGUACACACAAGAAGUUUUUGAGAUAUUUUGUGAGCUGUUACUUAUUAAAGUACUUUGAUUAAAUUUGAUAAGUGGUUGUUUGAAUCUACUAUUUUAGUUGCUUGAGUUUCUGAAAAAAUCUAAACAUUUGUGUCAUUUAUCACUUGAAAUAUUAAUUAAACAAGAAUUUUUAGUAAUUUCCUCAUCAAUACUUUAUUUUGUAAGCUUAUAUUUUUAUACUAAAAUGGUCCCACGAUUCUGCAAAUACUCCAUCAUUAGUAAUGUUUUAUCAUAGUCACAAAAGUUUGUACGACUUGAACCACUACCACAUUAUAAUCGAACUACCAGGAAAUGCAAAAGCCUAGCUCAAAUUUUCAUGACAUUGUGAUUCUAAAUGAGAUUUCAAGAAACCUUUGGAGCAACCGUUGGUGAUAACAAAACUCUUCAAACAGCUUUUCUUAUUUAUUUUCUUAGGCAUUUACACUGAGUAAAGUUAAAUAAAGAUAGCUGAAAGAAUGUUGAUAAAUUUAUUUUUCUUUAAGACCUGGGGUACAUUUGCCUGCCAAAAAUGCAUAUCAAAACAUAUACACUGAUACCACAUCUUUCCUAGCCUUUGGUACCUAAAUGUUCCUUAAAUGACAAAAUACGUAGUCAACAUCAGCCCUGUGUUAGUAUAGUCUUUAAAAAUGUCACAGGUAUUCAUAAUUCGACAACUCUUUUGUCCUUGA